AUUCCAAUAAAAAUAAUCUUAGUCUUCAACUAAUGUUAGCCAUAUUGUUCUUUCUUUUCUGGCAAAUCGCACACUGCAAAAAUCAAAGUUAUGACUUAAGACACAGUUUACUUUGAAUGGUACACCACCUCUGAGUUGGUUUCUUGACCAAUCCCAUUUUAUUAUUCUCUUGCUUGCCUCCUCUUCCACUCUACUCUUCAACAAAACUUUUUACUUUUUGCCACUUUUUCUAAGCAAAUUUCGGUGAGUUUAGGAAGAAAAACACUGGAAACACACAGGGUUGAAGGGUCUUGUUGAUGGGUCUGCAACUUCAUGAGACCAACAUUUGUUCACUCAAUUCUUCAGUUUUGUGUUGUUUUGCUGUCACUCAGAGUAGACACCAAUGAGAAUUACAUUGUUUUCAUUGCUUUCCUUCAUUCUCUGUCUCUGGAUAUAUCUCAGCAUCCACAUCUCUGUUGCUUCUGCCAAAUGUCUUCAAGAUCAGCAAUCAUUGCUCCUUCAAUUAAAAAACAGUCUCAAAUUGAGCCCUGAUAGUUCUAGCAAAUUAAAGCUGUGGAAUCAAAGCAUUUCUUGCUGUGAUUGGAGUGGUGUGAGCUGUGACAAUGGUGGAAAUGUUAUUGGCCUUGACCUGAGUGGAGAAUCAAUCAUUGGUGGAUUUGACAAUUCAAGUAUCCUUUUCAGUUUCCAACAUCUCCAGAAACUGAACUUGGCUGUUAACAAUUUCAAUUCUGCCAUUCCUUCUGGAUUCAACAAGUUGGACAAGUUAACUUAUCUGAAUAUGUCAUAUGCUGGCUUUGUGGGGCAGAUUCCCAUAGAGAUUUCUCUCCUGACAAGGUUGGUUACUCUUGACAUCUCUUCUCUUAGCUAUUUAACAGGCCAAGAGAUGAAACUUGAGAACCCAAAUCUACAAAAGCUGGUCCAAAGUCUCACUAGUCUUAGGAAAUUGUAUCUGGAUGGUGUAAGUAUAACAGCUGAGGGACAGGAUUGGUGCAAUGCUUUGCAGCCGUUGCGCAACCUGCGAGAACUGAGCAUGCCCUUCUGCUGUCUCUCAGGACCCAUUGAUUCCACCCUGACAAGACUUGAGAAUCUAUCAGUCAUUAUUCUUGAUGGGAACAAUUUUUCAUCACCAGUGCCAGAAACAUUUGCCAAUUUCAAAAAUCUGACCACCCUCAGUCUCGCGUCUUGCAAGUUGACUGGAAGGUUUCCUGAGAAGAUCUUCCAGAUUGGAACAUUGUCAGUUAUUGACAUAUCAUCCAACAGCAAUCUCCAUGGUUUGUUUCCAGACUUCCCAAUAAAUGGAUCUCUGCAGACCUUAAGAGUAAGUAACACAAGCUUCUCUGGAGAAUUUCCACCCUCUAUUGCUAACAUGAGGCACUUAUCUGAAUUGGAUCUAUCCUAUUGUCAAUUUAAUGGAACACUUCCCAAUACAAUGUCAAACCUCACAGAACUCAAGUACCUGGAUUUGUCAUUUAACAGCUUCACCGGUGCAUUGCCAUCAUUUGCUCUGGCCAAAAAACUUGCCCACAUAGACCUUUCUCAUAAUGGUUUAAGUGGGGAAAUUCCAUCAUCUUCUCACUUUGAAGGAUUGAACGAACUUGUCAGCAUUGACUUGCGUUAUAAUUCUAUCAAUGGUAGCAUUCCUUCAACACUUUUUACACUGCCAUCCCUUCGGAAGAUUCAGCUUUCCUUCAACCAGUUUAGUCAACUAGAUGAAUUCAGGAAUGCAUCUCCCUCUAAAUUAAACACCCUUGAUUUAAGUAGCAAUGAUCUAUCAGGGCCUUUUCCGGCAUCUAUCUACCAGCUCGCUACACUCUCUAUCCUCAAACUUGCCUCCAACAAGUUCAAUGGGACAAUGCAGCUAAAUAAGCUUUUGGAGCUCAGAAAUUUAACUGCACUAGACCUUUCACAAAACAACUUAUCAGUCAAUGUGAACGUUACAAAUGUUGAGCUGCCUUCAUUUCCCAACAUUAGCAAUCUCAAUUUGGCAUCCUGUAAUUUGACAACGUUCCCUGGUUUCUUGAGAAACCAAUCCAGAUUAAAUGUUCUGGACCUUUCAGAUAACCAGAUUCAAGGAAAAGUGCCCAACUGGAUUUGGAAACUGCAAAGUCUUCAAAGCCUUAAUAUUUCUCACAAUUUGCUGACUGACUUUGAAGGGCCUUUGCAGAAUCUUACUUCCAACUUGAUAGUCCUUGACCUUCAUGACAAUCAACUUCAGGGGACAGUACCUGUUUUUCCUCAAUAUGCCGUCUAUUUGGAUUAUUCAAGCAACAAAUUCAGGUCUGCUAUCCCACAAGAUAUCGGUAAUUACCAGUCGUUUACUAUUUUUCUUUCUCUUUCAAACAAUAGCUUUCAUGGAAGCAUCCCAGAUUCCCUCUGUAGUGCCUCAAGUCUUCAAGUGCUUGAUCUUUCCAUUAAUAAUAUUUCUGGAGCAAUUCCCUCAUGCUUAAUGGCAAUGACCGAGACCCUUGGGGUAUUAAAUCUGAGAAUGAACAAUCUCACAGGUCCCAUCCCAGAUACUUUUCCAGCUUCCUGUGCUCUAAGGACUCUGGAUCUCCAGAAAAAUAAAUUAGAUGGUCAGAUUCCAAAAUCUCUUGCUAAUUGCUCAGCACUAGAAGUCUUAGACCUUGGGAAAAACCGUAUUGUUGAUGGCUUUCCAUGCAUGUUGAAGAACAUAUCCACACUCCGAGUCUUGGUCUUGAGUAAAAACAAAUUCCAUGGUCCCAUUGGAUGUCCCCAGAAUAAUGGUACUUGGAAAAGGCUUCAGAUAGUUGAUCUAGCCUUUAACAACUUCAGCGGAAAACUACCAGGAAAAUGCUUCACAAGGUGGGAGGCAAUGAUGUCUGGUGAAAACCAAGCUGAUUCUAAGGUAAAUCACAUCCGAUUUCAGGUUCUUCAAUAUGAUCAAAUAUACUAUCAGGAUUCAGUGACAGUUACAAGCAAAGGUCAGGGGAUGGAGCUGGUUAAGAUUCUAACUGUCUUCACUUCCAUUGAUUUCUCAUCCAAUCACUUCCAAGGGGAAAUACCAAAAGAGCUAUUUGACUUUAAAGAACUCUAUGUGCUUAAUUUAUCAAACAAUGCUCUUUCUGGCCAAAUUCAAUCAUCUAUAGGAAAUCUGAAGCAGCUUGAGUCCCUGGACCUGUCAAAUAACUCACUGGAAGGAGAAAUUCCCACAGAGAUUGCAAGGCUAUCUUUCCUAUCAUUCCUGAACCUCACAUUUAAUCAACUGUCCGGAAAAAUCCCUACAGGCACCCAAAUUCAAUCAUUUUCAGAAGCUUCCUUCAUUGGCAAUAAAGGAUUAUGUGGCCCUCCUUUGACUGCAAGCUGCAGUGCUAAUCCAAGUCCACCAAUGACAGAAGAAUCAGACACAGAAUUUGAUUGGGACUGUAUACCCACCGGAAUUGGCUUUGGGGUUGGAGCUGGACUAGUUUUUGCCCCAUUGAUGAUGUGGGACAGAGGAAGAAAAUGGAGCAAUGAUAUCACAGACAAAAUUCUUAUGGCAAUUCUUCCAUUGUUCGGGUUAGCUUAUACCCCAAUUGAUGAUGAUGAUGAUGAUGAUGAUGAAGGGGACAACGAGCAAGACUCAAAUAUGACAGAGGACAGUGAUUAUGAUGAGGAGGAAGAAGAUUAUCCAAGGUUCAGAGGGAGGUACUGUAUCUUUUGUUCCAAGUUUGACAUCACUAUGAAGAAGGUCAUUCAUGACCCAAGCUGCACGUGCUGUCAACCAUCACCAGCUUCAAAUUCUACUCAUUCAUCAGAUUCAGAUUCCUCUUAGUCCUCCCAUAAAAGAUGAAAAUGUGAUAAUCUGCUUCUGCUUCUUUUCUUUUUUCUUGUCUUUAUUCUUUCUUCUGAAUGCCUACAUGUGUAUAUGUUGUACAUAAACACACAAAUUCAUCCCAAUGGUGGCAACCAACAAUGAUAAAACAAUAAGCAAUGGUGUCCAUUUUGAUUUUUCAGAAGGUUUUGUAGUAAUCAAUGAUAAGAAAAAAAAAAAACUCAAGGAAUAAAGCCAAUGCUCAUUCAGGAUUUUCAUCAAA